CUUGCUCGCGGCGGAGGCGAGGCUGCGAGCCGUUGCUAGGGACGCCGCCGCGGCCUGGAGCGGUCGGAGGCAUGGCGGGCAUGGACGAGGACGCGGCCGCCGCCUUGGAUCACAUCGUCACCCAGUUCAACACGUACGAGGAUUAUCUGGACUCGCAGAUCACCACGCAGGACCUUUUUUACCUGGAGAAUGAAGAAAUGGCCCGCCAGCUGGUGGAGCUGGGCUUCCGAGGAAGUGGAGAAGUGCUGAAAAGGGAAGACUUCAUAGCAAGGAAGCUGGCUGCUGAGGCUUCCAGGCUCUCGGAAAGACAUCAAAAAAAAACUCUAUCAAGUGCAGGAAAAGAACUGAAAGACAACUUUCUCAAGGCCCUGGCAGAGAGGGAGGAAGCCAACCGUAAUGGGAAAAUGGCUUCUAUAAUCUUCAUUCGGGAGCGAAAUGCUCGUGGACAAGAGGUAUCUGCAUAUAUCGACUAUGCACACCGGCUGAAGAUGGAUGAAUUUGAAGUUUAUUUCUCUGGUAAAAAGAAGCUUUUCCCCAGACGCACUGAUCUGAGCUUCUACAACUGGGAUAGAAAUGUCUCCUCAUCGAAUUCAAGUCCAAAUUACCAAGUGAUUACAGAAAACCCAUGUGGCUUACUCUUCAAGAACAAGUCUGACCGGAAGAUCAUUAAUGUGGACCCUAAGGUUUAUCCAGGGGACAACACAACACGGACUCCAAUUGAAACAGACCUCUACCUGCAAGUGGUUAUCUACGACCAUGUCCUCAGAAGAAAGCUCUAAGCCUCAUUUCUCACUGAGGAAUAAGCAUUUUGGAAGAGCUCUUUAUUGUCUGAAUAAGGCCAAUUUCCAUGGCCAAAUGGGCACUGGCUUCCCCAGCUAAUGGGAAAGUGCUUCAAGUGGCAAGAUCUCCAGAAGAACGUAUUCCUAUGGCUCUUCAUCAAUGGGUUUUUUGCUGUUCCUUCUUGUAUGCAUAAAAGUGCUUUAAAUCA